AUGUCUGACAGCGAGAAAGAGGUGCCAGUGGAAGUGGAAGAAGGCGCCACCCGCGGGGCCGACUGGGAGGUCGUCACGCUCACCGCGUCCACCUACGCCGCCGCGCCCAGCGGGCCAGAAGGAGCAGCAGAGGGCAAGAGGCUCGGCGACGGCAACGACGGCCGCGCCUCGUCCACCACGCUGCUCAUGUCGGACCACUUCGUGUUCCCCCCCAGCGAGCACGAGAACCUGCCCAUAGAGACCGCCCUGCUCGACCCGCCUCAGGAGAGCACCAGCGUGGACGACGCCGGCUUCAAGAACGUCGGUGGGGGCUACGAUGAUGGGUCCGAGACGGUCAAGUACUAUGACGAGGGGAAGAGCCUGUCGGUGCAUGAUGCCGAGAUGAUGAUGGGUGACGUGGCUGAGUUCCACGCCCAAGAUGACGGACGCGGUUACGUUGUCCAUGAUGAUGAUGAUGACUCCCAGGACAAGUCUGAUGCGCCUCUGGACAGCAGCAGCAGCAAGGGCCGUGGCGGCUCUGGUGCCCCCUGCCAGUGCUGGUUGAAGAAGCACAUGUCAUGCCUGUAUGACCAGGCCAAGGAGACCAAUCAUCUCUGGGGUGCGGUUGUCGUGGCUGCCCUGGUUGGCCUUGUCAUCUUGUGGCGCAAAGACAAGUUGCACAUGAGCUGCCUUAAAUGGCGCUCUCGCUCGGCAGUCAGCCUGGACUGGUGGGUCUGUUUGUGGUCUUCUUCGUCGAUACAAUCUCUGACGAGUCUUCGCAGAUCGCCCUGGAAGUCAUUAUAA